AAAAAUGUCACGUGAUACAAUAACAAAAUGGCCGACAUUAUGUUUCUCAUAGUAAGGCCUUUCGUAUUUGAACGGAUAACAAAAAUUGCCAUACCAUUGCAUUAUUUAUAUCUCUGACAAAGGCAAUGAAGAAAAGGGCAGAACCAAGCAAUGGCUCAAAAUCUGACGCAGAUAGAGCUAAACGUGUUUAUCGGGCUGCUUUGGAAUCUCUCAAACGUCUUGACAGCAUCAAUAAGGAAAAAAAGGCCUAUCGAGAGGUGUUCAGACAGGAUGCAGUGGGGCUUCGAAAUAAGUUGAAAGAAAAUUGUGAGCGCCUAAUGUUUUUUAAUCCUAUUGAAUAUGGACGCAAAGCUGAAGAAGUAUUGUGGAGGAGAGUUUUCUAUGAUGUCAUUCAAGUUGUCAAACAUAGCAAAGAUCACGUCAGGCAUCAUGGUUCAGUGGAAACUGCUUAUCGCACACAUCUAGCAGCAGCUGCUGGAUAUUAUCAGCAUCUUGUCUUCCGACUUCAGCGUGAGUUUUCACUUCGACUAGCGGGUGUGAUUGACUAUCAUCUUAUUCCUGAGCCUAGAACAGGCAGGAGAUCGGAUACUAGCAGUGUGAAAACCAUCAACCCAAGUGUGCAGGAGUGGGCCCAGAGGGCUUGCCAUAGGUGUCUUAUUUGUUUAGGUGAUAUUUCUCGUUACAUCUGUGAUGUUGACCCUAUGUCUGUUCCAACAACAGCAGAUCGUUAUUAUCAUCAGGCUUUCAUGCUUUUCCCAGAAAUAGGCAUGCCCCAUAACCAACUAGGGACACUAGCUGGCUCAAGGUAUUCUGGUUGUGAGGCAGCAUAUCAUUAUGUCAGAUGCUUGGCAUGUGAAAAACCAUUUGAUGGAGCUAGAGGAAAUCUUACCAGACUUUUUGAAAAAAAUGCCAAAAAAUUUUAUGAACUCAACAAACCUCAGCCCAGAGAUCUUCCACCAGAUGAACAAAGACAUCAAGACAUCAAAAGAUUUUUUACUCGUUUUCUAAAACUUUUAGAGAUUCUUCAUAGUCAGAAUAACAACAUUGAGAUGGUGGAAGUCCAACAACUCUGUCAACACACACUGCAAGACUUCAAUCUAUGCAUGUUCUACGAGCCUCAGAAUGGCAUCAAGGAGAGGACAGGGGGGCACAACUGUGUUGUGGAGGAGGAAGACAGUGAAGAGUUUGCUGAUCCUGGUGACCCUUCGUCUUUUCAGUACCUAGAUAAUGGGAUAGUGUUCAAGAUAGUUUGCUGUUUGAUUUGCACCAUUCAUUUGUUAGAAAAAAAUGGUUCCAGCAACAUAACUGCAGCCACGGCUUUCCUUUUAGCACUUCUGUCUCACAUCUUGAACCAUGUUGUCAUCAGACUUCAAGGAGGUCUUGAGGACAUUGAACAUCCUAACAAAAUUUUCAUAGCAGGAUCAUCACUCACAAAUGAAAAUGUUCCCAGUGACGAGUCAUCAGUUAGUGAUGAAGAAAUAACUCAACAAACUACUCAGGAAAAAUCAGCAAAAAACGGCAGCAGCAAGACAGAUUCUAAGAAAUCCAGGCUAUCUAACAUACGUAACCUUCGCCGCCGCAAAAGAUGGCGACAGCUGAGUGAAAGUAGUGAAGAAAUGUCAGACCUAUCUGAAGCAUCUGACCUGAGCGAAGGCAACGAAGGUGGGGAGGAUCAAAUCAUUUCCAGUGACUCUGACGAUGAUGCUUUAGCCAGUUACUUUGAUCACGGUUCAGAUUCUGACCUAUCCGAGACAGAAGAUAUUAGUGACAGUGAUGCCAAGAUCAAUACCAACAAUGCCAACUCUGGAACUUCAGAUGAUCACAACAAAUGGCCACCACCGGGUAAGAGCCUACCCAAUGGUGACAUGAAACAUAUAUGGUCCAACGGCACUGGAGACAACAGUCUGGCACACAUUUCUUCAGAGCUCUUCUCCUCCUCACUCAUGUUCUUAGGUCAAGACUUGGCUCACAACAGUCAGGUGUCAGAUCUUGUGGCUGACCAGAAGGAGGUGCCCAUACCUCCAGGUUUCAACAGUUCUGAAGAAGCCAAACAUGUUGCAGAAAUCACAGAAAAACUGGCCAACUUUGAUAUUGAGACUGACACGGAAACUAACUUCCUGCCUACUGAUACAGAACAGUCUGUAACUGAGACAGAUGAAGCUGAUAAUGAACAGAGCACCUCCAGCAAUACAGAAAAAAGUGAACUAGAACAGCGAAGGUUGCAGCAGACGUUGGAAGUUGUUCACAACCAAGGAUUGUUGCCCACUGUCAAGAUAAUGUGUGACUGGAUGACAACGCAGACUACUAUUAUUUCUGUUUGUGCUCAGAGUUCUUUCAGUCUGUGGCAGCGUCUCUCUGUACUCUUAAAUUUCUUGCCCCAUGAAAAUGACAUUGCACAACACAAUAUGUGUUGGGUUCCUGAGUUACAAGUCAUAGCCACUCAGACACGUUUUGCUGACUGGGCUCAGGUAUUUCCUUUAACAGAAGACAUUGAAGUAUGUCAACUCCCACCUCUGUCAGAUAUCCACUCCCAGAUUGACUUCACUACAAGACACAGAGCCCAGCUUAGUGAGCUGCAAGAAACUUUCCUGAGAAUCUGCUGUUUACGACGCUUUGGUUAUUUUCUGACAAAUGUUGAGAAUAUUGAGUUCACCUAUCAGCCUGAGACAGCAAUGUUUUUUGGACCUUCUUCUGAUUCAGUGAAAAAUAACAGCCAAGAUACCAUGACUAAAAUGAAAGAGUCUGAGAGUCGUAGAAAUCAACUGAUGAGAGACAUGGCACAGUUAAGGCUCCAGGCGGAAGUCAGCGAGCUGGAAGGAAGCCUGAAAAGUGCUGAGCACCCCGUGUUCCCCCCUUAUGUAGUGGUAGAUGACGCCGCCUUGUGCAGCUACCUGAGCAAGGUGAAAGAGUUGGCAGGGUCAGCCCGUUGCAUUGUGGUUAUUCCAUUGGCAGUUGUGGAUAGCCUUGACCUUCAGAAGAAGGACAGCGCCAAUGCAAGGGAGGCGAUCAGGUGGCUAGAGGCGCAGUUGAGGAAGGGCAACAGAUAUAUCAGAGCCCAGAAACCCAAAGAAACUUUGUCCACACAGCAACAUGGCUUGCUCAAGAAGAGGAAUAGAGAGGCUUGGUAUUACCUUGAACUCCUUGGCUGUGCCAGAUAUCUGGCUCAACAGACUGGUACAUUUACAGGACACAGUGUUGUGGCAGUCCUCACUGGACAGCAGAAACUGAUGACACCACCUAUACAGCCUGUCAUUGCACAGGUCAAGACCUCUUCAGAACAAGAAGGUGUUACCAUUGACACAGUGAUGGAAUUUAAUCGUAAAUGGAAGUCUGUGCUUCUUCAGCAAGGCAAGGGAUGACAGCAGCAAGCACUAACCAAUACGUUGAGACCUAACUUCUAGUGACCCGGUUCAUUAAGAUCCGUGAAUUAUCUGCCACUGACUUCGUAUUACCAGUAGUUUAAUUGGACUGGACAAAUAGUGUAUACCGUCAUAUUAUGAAUCCAAAAAUGAAAACAGCUUGAGAUGGAGGAAAAAUCUGGCCACACUUCUGGAUCAACUCAACAAAGCAAUUAGAGAUAUGAUGUAAGAGAAAUAAAAACAUCUAAAAGUGACUUGGGUUCUGAUGUUUUGGCCAGCUUGUCAUAAUAACAUUAAAGCUUGCAUCUUGGAGAGGAAAUGUUUUAAUCUGCUCUGCGUCUUGCUUUGCUGCCUUCAAAAAAAGAAAAUAUUAUUCUGUUCAUUCCUAUUGCCUGCCACAAUUACUGAUUAGCCAUGUCUGUUUGUGCAUCUGGAACAAUUAACUUGUUCAACAGAUCAAGGUGUGGCAUGGGAGAACAUUAUUGGACCCAGAUCUCAUAACUUGGGAAUCCUUUUAAUGUGUGACUUAUGUUAUAACCUGGAUUCAAAUUUCUUUUUUUUUUUUUUUCUUUGUGUGGGAAUUAAUUACUUAUGCUGACAAUUCUACCUGGUGACCACUCUGAUGAGACUUCCAUGAAGUAUUUUAACAAAGCAAGGAUAUUCUAUGACAGCAGGUUCAAUCUUUUUAGGUAGUAAAUUAGUGAAGAGAUGUAAAUCAACUUUUUUUUUGUGUUGUUCAAAGAUAAUACUACAGAAUUGUAGAUGUUGUACCAACUGGCAAGACUAUUAAGCAUUGCUUAAUGAAACUGUAAGUCUGUGUUUGCUGACCAACUUAAUGUGAAAUUCUAAGUUCCUAGUAUUUUACUCUUUGACAUGUUGCUCCAUGUCACAUUGUUAGCCAGAUUUAGCAGCUUGUAUUUAUCUUAUUGUUCGGUCAAAUAUAUAUAUAUAUAUAUAUAAAUACACUUACUCUUUUGUAUUUUUCCUUAAAAAUUUUAACUACUGUACUGUAAUAGUAUAGAUACUUACACACACACAAAACUUUUAAUAAUAAAAACACGCAAGUUUUCAAUUAGAACUAGAACAACUCUGUUCAUGUAGAUUCUAUUUUUGUGUCUGUUUCAAACAGCUGAUGAGAGUCUUUGUCAUUUCUGUCUCUUUGAUUUCAUUGUUUCUGAACAGGAAAAAUUUAUUUUUUUUGUUUGGUUUUAACUUUUCUCUGCUCUAGCCAUACAUUGCGAUGAUUUUGUCUUCGUCACUAUGUGUUUGUUUUAAAUCCUGUGUGUUGGUGUUGACUAGAUGAUGUUAACUUUGAUAAAAUAGGCUGCCCCCAUUAUUCAGUCAAGCCUGGUGUGCAAUUAUUGUAGCAGCACUUUGAAAAGAUUAUCAAAUACCUUGUGUCUUGUCAGAGGUGGAUCUUUAUUUCAAAAUAUUAAACAAAUGUAUCUUUUAAAACCAGCUUUAGAUAUAUCUUAGUAGUGGACUGGACAUGACUUAACUGUUGCAUCAUCUCAAACUCUUAGUUUUUAAUUCUGAAGCCAAAUUUUGGUUUUUAGUUUUAAAAAAAAAAAACAGCCUUGGUGUUAAUAUCUAGGAUCUUGCAAUUUACUUAUACAAAUUUGCUUACAGAGAACAUUCAAACAUUCAUUAAGAUAGUAAAGAAGAUAUACCAUACAAAAAAAAUGUAAUUCAGCUUACAUCCAAUAUUCAUUAUUUGACCUAGUAGCCUUUUUAAUAAACUUCUAAUGUCAAGACUCUUAAAAGAUGUCACAUAUCUUGUGUAAGUUUUAUUCCAAUUUUUUCUUGUUUUUUUUUCUUGUCCCUUUUUUUCUGAUGUAAAAUAUAUUAUUGAGGAAUUUGUACUAGAGAAAAACAAAUUAUUUUUAGGGCAAUAUGACCUGGGGGUGGGGUGGGGGACAUCUAGCAUAAAUAUUAUGUAUGUAUGAUGAAUUGCCUGAACAAAGGCUGUACUGGUCACAGCAACCUUGUCUUCAGAUGUGUCAGCUUAGGGGCUAGAUGGAAGGAUGUUAUGAUAUACAGGGACAUUUACUUGCACAAUGUCAAGGAUGUUCAGGGUGGGGUUUCAUAUAAACUAUGAGGUGUAGAUUUUAAAUCUGAUGAGCCGCUGUAUAAUGAGAUUAAUAAAAGUCCUCCUUAAAAAAGUCAAGAAGGGGAUUGUGAUUCAAGCUUUAGGUUAGAGGUGCUCAUGUUAUUUACACACAUUUGACUGUGUUGCCCAUUUUGGCUCCAGAAAUAAUGUGGUGUCAGAAGUGAGAAUACACCCGUUCAUCUCCCUCUUUUCCUCAUCCUGCUGUCUGCUGACCCCCUUUCCAAAAAGCUACUCCCCCCUCCUUCCCAAUCUUGAGCUUUCAGUAUGACAGUUGGUUUAGAAAGUUUACACCAUGUCAAACAUAAAAAAAUAUAUAUAUAAAAAAAAUAAAAGAUCAAUUUGUGCAGUUCACUCUGUAAGUGACCAGUUUUUCCUUUGUGUUCUUGUGUUCAUGAGCACUGUUUAGUAAUUGGCCUGAGAGGUCAACAUAUUUACUGACCUGGUCUCCUGAUUGAGUCAGAUCAAUCUGCCGUACAUCUGUAUGUAUAUAGAUUGUUCUAUAAAGUUUGAGCCCAGCUUUGAUUGAUCACCUGUAUGUGUAAUGUCAAAAGUGAAGGCGAUCCAAUCACUGUUUGUUAAGGCAAUAGUUUUCUGUUCAUGUUGACCAGUUCUAGACAUCAGUCUCAGCGGAACUCUUUUGAUUUGUUUGUAUUUGUUUCUAUACAAUCUGACUUGAGACCUUUUUGUUUGAGUCAAUAAACUGAGCAGAGUCCAUA